CGAUAUGCCGCUGUUGCACAAUAUGCGCAGCCGCUGGAAAAUGCCACUCGAGUUUCGAAAGCUCAACCUCGUUGCAGAGAACAGAAAACGGCCCACGUACCAGCGUCGCCAGGUGCAUUACUUUAAACCCCUCGUCAAGGUCAAUGACCGGAGUCACAACUUUCAGGCCGUUUUGCUGCUUUAUGGCAGUGAUAGGAAUUUCUUGUUUACAGCAACCAAUGCGCAUGCUGCUGUGCACAAGUAUAUGCGCUUCAACAAGGUCACAUCGCUGGAUCAUGCAGUGGUCAUUCAUUGUUCACAAACAUCGUCGCCUGCGUCGGGUAAUCAACGCUGCCUCGUGACGGGUCACAUGUGGGACAUUCGACGGCGGCAUGUUGCAACCGUGAUGCAAGAAGCCAUGGCUGAUGUAGAGUAUAAUGAAGAUAAGGCGAAGUUGUAGUUAUUCAUGUGUCGUCCAUGC